AAACACUCUCGUUUUAUUCGCGCUCGGAUAGCGGACCGUGUAGGACGUGUUUCUUUCAAGUUCCCUUCAUCGUCUCGAUCCAGGAAGUGAGAGUGAGUGGAGUUUGGUGGAUUGAACAAAUUGCCAACAGUGGAAGUGGCAUAGGAGAAAAUAAGUCGUUCAAAAACUUGUAUAUUGUGUGUGUUUUUGGUGUAGUUACAUAUAUAGGUUGAGUUUUGUAUCGCAAGUGAUUGCAGCGGCAGAUUGCCCGAUAACAAGGGUUUAGUGAAGAGAGUACUGUGGUCCGCUUUCCGAAGCACCAGACAAGUGCACUAUUAGAUUUAGUGGUUUUCCCCAUUGUCUGAAGCUAGAGACUGCAACUCCUCCAACAAUUUGCUGCAAAUCGGCGAAGAAAACAAGUUUGAGCAGAGCGCUAGUAGGACACGUAGCGCCAAACCAGCGUCACCAAGAAAUCGAAAGGCACGGUCAUGACACAAGUUGUUUACAUCGGUGGCGUUGAAGGUGGAGCCACCCACUCUAAGCUGGUGAUAUGCGAUCAAGCCGGCACGGUGCUGGCAUCGGCCAAAGGACCCAGCACCAACCACUGGAUGGUUGGUAUACCAGAGGUGGCCAAACGGAUCGACACGAUGGCUCGGGAGGCCAAGGCGCAGGCCAACAUUCCCGAAACACACCGCCUAUCGGCCAUGGGGCUGUGCCUGAGUGGAGCCGAGCAGGACGCCACGAACAAGGAGCUGGAGAACUACUUAAAGACACACUACCCGGAUGUGGCAGAUCGGUACAUGGUCGGUAGUGACACGAUCGGAAGUAUUGCCACGGCUUCGAACGUGGGUGGCAUGGUGAUCAUAUCGGGAACCGGGUCCAACACACUGCUGCGCAAUCCGGACGGGAGCACGUAUGGGUGCGGCGGCUGGGGACACAUGAUCGGUGACGAAGGAAGUGCAUGGUGGAUCUCGAAACAUGCCAUCAAAAUCGUGUUCGAUCACGAGGACAACUUUCACCGGAGCAAACUGUGUGUGGAACGGGUGUGGGAGCUGAUCCGCGAGCACUUCGGCGUCAAAACUCGAUCCGAUCUGCUGGACUACUGCUACGCCAAAUUCUGCAAAACGACAUUUUCCGGUCUGUGUGCAAAGCUUGCCAAGUGUGCCCGCGAAGAGGACGAUCCCCUGUGUAGGAAACUGUUCGAGGAUGCUGGCCAGAAUCUGGCUCGCUCGGUUUGUGCCUUAUCGCCCCGCAUCAGCCCGACGUUGAUCAGCAAGUGCGGCAAGCUGGACAUUGUGUGCGUCGGAUCGGUUUGGCUCAGUUGGGAACUGCUGGAGCCGGGCUUCACCAAGGAGCUGGAAAGUGCCAAAUUUAAAUAUGAUCUGAAUCUGCUGAAACUGACCAACACUAUGGCUUUGGGCGCGGCGUACCUCGCUGCGGACACAUUCGAACUUGAGCUUCCGAGGGACUAUUCGAAGAAUUAUGAGGUAUUCUACGGUCAUCGAGCUGUGGUCAAUGGUAGUACGAAUGGCACUAGCAACGGAGCUAACGGCACUACCAAUGGGACCAAGAAUGGUGUCGCAAACGGUACGAAAAACGGAACUUCUAACGGAACCAAUGGUACUGCUAAGAAUGGUACCAACGGUAGAACAAACGGCACCAAUGGCACCAACGGCAACUGAGUCAGAAUGUUUCCUUGUCAGCUAGCGGGUUCCAAAGCCGCGUACUAUUAUCAUACUAAGUGUACCCAGAGAACUGAGAUUUUUACAUAGGCACCAAUUUUACCGUUAGGAUACUUCACCCUAGAGGAGCACAACGCUGUGUAGUAGUAUUGUUGUAUAAAAUAUAUUCCGCAGGCAGUGUAACAAAAUAUACAAUUCUGUACGUAUUUUCCGAUAAAAAAUAAAUUAUGUGAUGUGUCAGAACAAA